AUGCUCCAGAACUCAUCACUUCAAGGAAUAUCUAUUCCUGGGGUGCAGCAGCCCGUCAAGGCCACACUCUUUGCGGAUGACACCACAACGUAUCUCCACUAUGACGACUCAUGGAAUGAUCUGCAGGAAAUCUUGGGCAAGUGGUGCAGGGCAUCCAAAGCAAGGUUUAACAUCGGAAAAACAGAGGUCGUACCGAUAGGUAGUCCAGAGUUCCGAAAGACAGUCAUCGAGAAUAAAAAGAUCAAUGCAAACUCACCUAUUCCCAACAAUAUCAAAAUAGCUGAGGAGGGCGAGUCUAUCCGAAUUCUGGGCGCAUGGAUCGGAAAUCACAUCUCACCGGAGGAUGUGUGGACCAAACUGAUUGACAGAAUUGAAUACGAGUUGUUUCUAUGGGAGAAUCGCCACCCAGACUUGAUCGCCCGUCGGCAUAUACUGAACACAGUGUUGGUAUCUACAACACAAUAUAAGACACAAGUCAAUGGUAUGCCAAAAGAUGUUCUAAAGCGCCUCACAAAAGUACUUAAUAAAUUCAUAUGGAAAGGAUCAGCUCCUAUGAUUAAUAUGGAGACACUGCAAAAA